AUGGUCCCGAAAUUCUACAAAUUUUCAAAUGGCUACAAAAUCCCAAGCAUUGCCUUGGGUACUUACGAUAUCCCGAGAUCACAAACCGCUGAAAUCGUCUAUGAAGGUGCCAAGUGCGGUUACCGCCAUUUUGAUACCGCAGUGCUGUAUGGUAAUGAAAAGGAAGUCGGUGACGGUAUUAAGAAGUGGUUGGACGAAGAUCCAGAAAACAACAAACGUGAGGACAUUUUCUAUACUACUAAGCUAUGGAAUUCCCAAAACGGGUAUAAGAGAGCUAAAGCAGCCAUUCAGCAAUGUUUGAGUGAAGUCUCUGGGUUAAAAUACAUUGAUCUCCUAUUGAUUCAUUCACCAUUGGAAGGUUCCAAAUUGAGACUAGAGACAUGGCAGGCUAUGCAAGAGGCCGUUGACGAAGGAAAGGUUAAGUCUAUAGGUGUUUCCAAUUACGGGAAGAAACAUGUCGAUGAACUUUUGAAUUGGCCACAACUGAAACAUAAGCCGGUGGUCAACCAAAUUGAGAUUUCUCCUUGGAUUAUGAGGCAAGAAUUGGCAGAUUAUUGUAAAUCUAAAAACCUUGUCGUUGAAGCUUUCGCUCCAUUGUGUCAUGGUUACAAAAUGACUGAUCCAGACCUGUUGAAAGUAUGUAAAGAGGUGGAUCGUAAUCCGGGUCAAGUACUAAUCCGUUGGUCUCUACAACACGGUUAUUUACCAUUGCCGAAGACCAAAACCGUUAAAAGAUUAGAAGGCAACCUUGCGGCUUACAAUUUUGAAUUGUCAGAUGACCAGAUGAAAAUUUUAGAUCAUCCUGACGCUUACGAGCCUACCGAUUGGGAAUGUACAGAUGCGCCAUAA